CUAAUAUGGUCGCUACAGAAGAGCAUUUUGUUGAGGCAAGCAGUGGCCCUAGCACACAUGACAAGAACACUAGGAAGAAGAGGAUGGCCAAAGUUCCAGCGGUAAAAAAUACCAAGGCAAAGAAGCAAAAGGUUGAUGCAGCUGCAGCCAUGUAUGAGAAGUAUGUAAAGCAUGGGAAACCAUUGAGGAGAUCACAUGCCAAUGAACAAGUGACACCUUUCAUCAAGAUGGGUGGAUUUUACAUUGGAUACAAGAAAUUCCUGGUAUGCUUCAAGCCUCGUGGGGAUAUGAAUGAUGAGGUUAUGUCCCUAUGCAUCGAGAUGAACAACAUGACAUCCCGUGCAGCAAGUGGUACGAAUCGGAAGAAAUACAUGUUCUCAGUCCACGCGGGGAUGCUACUAAAACAAGACCCAACAACCUUCCAACCAGCAAAACUCAUACCCGAGCUUGAAAGGGCUGUGACAAAGUUCAAGGCGAAUAAAUAUGACCUCCUUUUUUUUCACAAUUGUUCAUGAUAAGCACUGGAUAAUUGUUUGCGCAAACUUGCUAUACAAGUAGUGGAAUGUAUUUGACUCAAUCCAUUCAAAA